AUGUACUUCUUCCUCCUUAAUUUGUCUUUUGUUGACAUCUGUUACUUCUCAGCUAUUGCCCCCAAGGCACUGCAGAACCUUUUAGCAGAGAGGAAAACCAUUGCUUAUGCUGCAUGCGCUGCUCAUAUGUUGUUCUUCAAUACAAUUUUGACCACAGAGUGUUACCUCCUGGUUGUGAUGGUGUACGACCAAUAUGUGGCCAUCUGUAAGCCACUGUUCUAUGUCAUCAUCAUGUCCCCAAAGAUCUGUGCCCAGCUGGUGGCUGGGUCAUAUCUCAUUGAGGUCAUUGGAGCUUUGGUACAAACAAGCGGUGCCUUUCGAUUAUCCUACUGCAGCUCCAACAUCAUCACUCAUUUAUUUUGCGACAUCCCUGCAGUUGUCAAGCUGUCUUGCUCCGGCACCUACAAUUCAGAGCUGAUGCUUUUUGCCGUCUCAGGGAUUAUUGCUAUCUCCACCAUUUCAAUCAUCCUUCUAUCCUCCAUUUACAUCCUCUCCACCAUCCUGAGGAUUCGCUCCACUCAGGGCAGGGCAAAGACCUUCUCCACCUGCACUUCCCACCUGAUGGCCAUCACCAUGUUCUAUGGGAUGGCCAUUUGCAUUUAUGUCCUGCCCCAGUCUGAAGACUGA